AUGUCUGAGAGUGGAUCCGUCUGUGGCACCCCGCUCAUCUCUGAGCAUAGCAUCGACCAGAAUAACAACCAGGUUCCAAUCGCAACCAGCACGCCUAUCAGAAACUCCCCACGGGAAGAGCUACGAACCCUCUUCGUUUCCGGCUUACCCCAGGAUGUCAAAGAGCGUGAAUUCUACCUCCUCUUCCAGGGAUUUAGCGGUUUCGAGUGUGCCAUCGUAAAGCAGCCUGUCAGGAACGUAAAAUUGCCCAACAACCAACCACUUGGCCCGGUGGCCUUUCUAACUUUCGCAAGCCGCAAGGACGCGGAACAAGCCAAGGAUAAGUUCCACGGGUUCGCCCUCGAUCCAUCGGUUGACAAUCUAGUUAUGAAGAUUGAGUUUGCAAAGGCGAAUACGAAAUCCCGCUACCGUAGCCGGGAGUCCUCCUCUCUCUCUCCCCUCUCAUUGACGCUCGGAUCAGAAGCAAAUCAGGGAGUGUCCACUGCUUUUCCUCUUUUCCAGGACCCGUUCACGCUCCCCCCCUUCCCCCACUGCCAGUCGCACUCCAUGGGCGCGCACCCCGUAGCCAUCGACGCCGGGGCAUUCUGGCCCCUCUCCUACCAAGACUUUAAUCAGUUCCCGAUUGAGGCUGGCCUGGCGCCGAUUCUUCUGCCCUCGGAACAUCUCGUCCCAAUUCCCGUCUACGAGCCACGCGCUGUCGGCCGCAAGACGCGAUAA